CGUCGGUCUAAAUGCUCCCCCACGUGCUAAGGUUCCGGGCGAUGGCGGCGGCGGGAGGUCGGUGUCUCUCGGGCUCGGGGCCUAGUCCUGGGCUGAAGCCUCGGGCUCGAGUUCGGAUCGGGACCCACGGGGGGACCUUCCACUGCGACGAGGCUGUGGCCUGUUUCCUGCUGCGGGUCCUGCCCCAAUAUCAGGACGCGGAGAUCAUUCGAACCCGCGACCCCCAGGUCCUGGAGGAGUGCGAUGUGGUUGUAGACGUGGGUGGUGUGUAUGACCCUGACAGACACCGUUAUGACCACCAUCAGAG